CGGUUCCUAGCGGGUGGGAGGUCUACUUGCAUCGCGUGUUGUGUGUUGUGGUGUGAUCAGUAUCUCGAUGCUUCCUCACGGGCAGUGAUAAGAUGUUAGAUUUUGUUUUUGUGCAGGCAGCGGUGGAAGAAGGUUUUUGGUCGUUACAGGACGAGAAAGUGGGACUUGAGCUUCGCGGUUCCCGGAGCCGGCGGUGCCAGCGCCGGGGUCGUAGCCACAGGCGUGAGCGUUCAGGACUCAGUUUGGGGCCCUAGAAGUCGGCCUCCGGGGUUCUUGCCGGCCCUGGCCGGGUGCUGCCGCGCGGCACACCUUUCCUUCUAGCUUGGUUCGCGCGUCUUCACCCCGGGGUCAGAUCGGCCAACGUUAUGGCGCAUCUUGGAGAGGGAGGAUGACCCCGCACCUGAAGGGUACAAAGAACAGAUGACUCGAGGGAGGAGGGCACGGUCAUCGUUGGUGAAGAGUCUAGAAGGAAAUCUGACGUUUAUUUCAGUUACCACCUCCCUCUCCCACCUGUUUCCAGUUUAAGGGCAAACGUUUUACAAAAGCAUUUUACGUUUGAGGUUUUAAAUCGUAAGGUUUAAGUAGAGAUUUAGGGAUGUGUUGGGAAUUGCAGCUUUCUCACGAGCUCCCAUUAGCGUAAAUGUUAGAUCCUACAGUUCUAACUCCCAUAGCAGGUUCAUUUGACAGGGGAUCUUGCCUAAAGGAAGCAGAGAUGGUGGUGCCUAUCAGCUUCUCAUUGCUGUGACAAUAUACUUGUGGAAAACAGGAGAAAAGAUUUUGGGAGGAUUCAGAGUUUCGGUCAAUAAUCAGCAGGCUUCAUUGCUGUUAAUCCUAUAGCAAGGCAGAAACUUGGCAGAAGGGUGUGGUGGAGGAAAGGUGCUGUCCUCCUGACAGCCAGGAAGCAGAGAGAGAGAAAAAAGGGUGAGGACUCCCCAAGAACCUCCCUUUAACUAGGUCUCACUUCCUAUAUUUCUGUCACUUCUCAAUAGUCCAUUCAGCUAUGAGCCCAACAGUGGAUUAAUCCAUUGAUGAGGUCAGAGCCCCAUGAUCCAGUCACUUCCCCAAAGUCCCACUUCUGAACAUUACUGCAUUGGGGACCAAAUCUUCAACAUAGGAGCCUCUAGGAACAUUGCAGAUCCUAACCAUAACAGUAGCCAACUUUCCCUGGACACAUCUUAGUGUCUAUUGUCCACCCCUAUAUAACCUUAUUUCACCUGCUUCAUGGGAGUACACAGGGUUUGCAGUUGAGGAUUUUAAGAGUAAAACAUUUGUGAGUACUCUAUCACUCACUUCCAGGGCCCCUAAAUGCCUAUUCUCAUCAUGGAACCUUGCUCACAGUCAUCUAUUCCCCAGCUCCUGUCAUCUUGGGUGGUUUUAACAUUGUACAUUGGCUUCUACCUUCCUCAACCUCCUUACACCUUAUCAAUGUUCAACUUCCACAUUCUAGCUGUGGCCUCAACUCUGACCCAUUCAUAGUCACAUUUCUGAUUUUCUUUCUAUAAAAUAAGACUAGUCCUAAAAUGAUAAGGAAAAAAUAAAUUUUUUACAGAAAGAACCUUUAAUAUGUUUUAUUAGUUAUCUAAGCUGUUGUAGUUAGGGAUUUUGUUUAUUGUUAUGUUAUAAUAGUGGAAGAAACCAGUUUUAGUUGUUAGGGAGCCAGACCUGUAUGUCUUCCAGACUGUUAAAAGAUAAUGUUCACUGAUACUUGCAAAAGCACUGUUCAGGAUUAUGUGUUUAGUAUAGGGACCCCUAUAACCGCACCUAGCAGUGGAGGAGAUUGGACUGAACUCUGAAUUCAACAUUGGCAAGUAGGAAUUUAUAGUUAAGAAGCAAGGUGAGGAUCAGUGGGUGAAAAAUCAACUAAGAUGAAGCAUUAGGGGUGAGGGGGCUUCUGGCUAAACCCAUCUAACAGGAUCCUUGUUGAAGACAAGCCAGGGUGAUCAGACAUCAUCUGGGAGAUGGAGGAGGGUGAGGAAUCAGAUCAGAUAAUGCACAUGAUCAGAUAUCCAGGAUGAGGGGUUCUGGCUAAACUGCUUUAGUGGGGUUCUUUUGCUAGCACUGGAUUUUAUAAUUGUGUGUACAAAUAGACCUAAGAGAAGGGCCAGAAGCCUGAGUAAAGUUUGACUAAGCCAAAAAUAAUAAUAAUAAACCUUUAGAACCCAAUGUUCUUGUGUAUAACUCCUCCUUGUGUCACUUCAAGGCUCCAAGUUUCAUAUCUGUAAUAUCUGCAUUAAGCCUGGGAACAGGAUGGAGGACAAAGAGACUUCCCAUCUAAGCAAAUAUCCUUUGUCCACAUAGCUUUCCUCAGUCCACCUGGCCAUAUCCAGCUUCAAGGCAGGAGCUAGGAAAGAAUAUGCAUUGCUUGGAUCUAUUAUGCCCCAAGUAAAACAAGAUUUCUUUUAUUAAGAAAGAAAAACUCAUUGUAUCUAGCAAUGUCAGCCACAGGUGCUGAUCAAUAAAAUUUAUUGAAGACAGAGAGAUCAGCUAGAAUACAAACUCCAGUUACCACCAUUGCCCUUAGUCCUGCCUUGCAGAUGGUGGGAGCUAAGGAAAUAAUUGAUGAAUAGCUACAUAAUCUGAAUUCAUCAUGUUUAUUGUUUUUCACAUAAUAGGUCAAUAUAGACUACAUUAAGCAUUUGAAUAGCUAUUGACAAGCUUCAGGGAAUGGCCCAACCAUAAGUGCCUUACUUAUACCCAAAGUUAUGUCAAAUUUUCACACCUUGCUACUCAAAGUGUUGGAAGUUGGCUAAAAAUGUAGAUGCUGAAGCUCCACUCCAAAUCUGGAUGGUUUAGGACCUGUGUUUUAAACAGCAUGCCCAGCUACAGCUGCGCAGUGAGGGGGAAUGGACCCAGCCUUUUUCCUGCACCCAAGAUUUCUGAACACCCAGCUGGAAAUUCACUUAUGCCUCAGGAAACCACAGCUGCAUCUGAACACCAAGAUGAGGACCCACUAGAAGAUUCACAUCUUCAUUUGAAUAUUGAAGAAUUAAACAAGGAGUUUAUGUUGAGAAGUGAAGAACUCUAUGAUUCCCUCAUGAAUUGUCACUGGCAGCCUCUGGAUACAGUCUACUCGGACAUCCCAGAUGAGACCCCAGAGUGAAGCAAGGUGUUUAGUAUCUAUCCACAUUAACUGCAUUUGUUUUUGUUUUUAUAGGAAAAAAAAACAUCUUCCAUGAAUGUUCUGGAUUCUGGAUGUAAAUAAAAACUUACAGUACCUCAAUGUUAUUGAUAUGAUGGAUUAUGAGGUACACUAACUCAUCAGCACCUCCAUUCCUGGAAGUGUGUUACUUUAAAUAAAUGCCAGAAGAGAUGCUAUGACUAUCUUGGUAGAACAAGUUGUUCUCCAAGACACAGGAAAACAGGUUUAAUAUAAGUUGGGCUUAAAUUUAACUGAUGGUGACAUUAGCUACUCUGUUUUGUGGACUUUCUGUAACACUAAAUUUUCAUGCAAGGUUUCUCAUUUGUAUCUUGUCUAGAAAAUGUCAAUUAGAACUAGAUGUUUGUUUUCCACUGACCCUUGGGUGCUCUGUAAGAAAGCUGGUGUGACGGUGGAAGACAGUGGACAUGAACUUGUCUCAACUGAACAGAAAGAUUCCUAAGCAUGGAAAAAAAUUUGCCUUUUUCAGACUGUUGAUUUUCUAAGAGGAAAUAAUUGGGCCUUUGUAAAAGCCAGUUCUGAAAAAUAAAUAAAUAAAAGCCAGUGCAGAAACUUCA